AUGGAUAUUUCAAACUUCUGCAAUAGCACUUACAAAUUUGAAAAUAAAGGCGAACCAUACUUUGAUAACAUUACUAAACGAAACUAUACCGCUGCCGUGGGACAACCCGCAUAUUUACAUUGUCGGGUGAAGAAUCUUGGUGAUCGAGAGGUAGUCUGUAUUUUGAGAGCAUAUACACUACACUCAAAUAAUUGUUUAUAUAUCUGUUCUUUCCUCUUUUAA